UUGGUGGUAGCGGCUCCGCUGGACCACAAGUUACACUCACGAUACAACCUUACAGUGGAACUGACAAACACCGAGAACAACAACGUCUUGUACGUGACCCUCGUCAUCGUAGUCACAGACGUGCCUGGAUACCCACCAUUCUAUAACAAGCGGUGUGAAACGCCAGUCCUUACUGAUAAACAGAGGGACGGGGGCUAUACUGUAAUCAAUAGCGACGGAUUUACUGUUUCCAUUGGAGGGAAGAUAGUUACAUCGUUCGACGACUAUCUUCAUGGCCCUGAGGUGGAACGCAGCGCCGCUAACCUGGUCUUAACAGGCGAUUGUUCCGUAAGGUUUGUCGUCACUUUAGAGACCCUACUCAGCUACUAUGAAGCAUUCCUCCCCGUGCUCAGUGAUGAAAAUCAAGGUAGAGCCGAACUUAAAUGUCGCGACCGAGAGUGGAAGAGUACAGGAAGGAUUACCAUACUGGACACUGAUCUUAAUAACGACUUGCCUCAGUGGAUAGAAAGUGGCAAAUACAAGAUAGACGAAAAUGACCGCUACAUCUUUGCUUUUGAGUUUAAUGAGUUAUGGUCCAUGUCGCCAUAUUGGUUUCGAUGUAGCAUAACCUCCAGGCUCACUCCAGAGCCAGUAGAGUGGACAUCCCAGUACAACGUGACAGGAUGUCCUGAGGGCUGGUACGGUGUGUACUGUGACAAGAACUGUGUUUGUAAGAACGGGGCCCGGUGCCAUGGCUUUAACGGUGCGUGUGAGUGCCGUCUGGGUUGGAGAGGGAGGGCCUGUGAUAUUCCCUGGCCCGAGGUGGGUAUUGAAGAGACACCUGGCGCUUCAGUAAAAACUUACAUCGGUACCAAUCUGACUUUGACCUGCUUGGCUCCACAUAUCCGCGUGGCAAAUAUGACAUGGGCUUAUCAAACACGAAAAACACAUAACGACACAAAUUACAUCGACGAAGGGACAGUCCAGAACAGUUCUAUCAGCUUUCAGCCGAUCCUAGAACCAGAUAACGGCAGGUAUAUCUGCAAUGUACAGGCAGAAGAUGGUCAGCUUUUCAAUGCGACUUUCAUACUAAACGCUACCGAAUGCCGACCCAACUAUCAUGGGGAAUAUUGCAGCCAAGUGUGUGACUGUGAGUACGGAGGGACGUGUGACAGGUGGGAGGGGUGUCUGUGUCCUGCAGGCCGUCGGGGAGACAGGUGUGAGCGCGAGUGCGCACCUGGCACAUUCGGAUGGAACUGCAGUAUGAAGUGCAACUGUGAAAACAACGCCUUGUGUUAUCCAGUCAAUGGCAGCUGUAUUUGUGUUGAAGGGCAGUGGGGCGAGUUUUGUCACGAGUGCGCACCUGGCACAUUCGGGUGGAACUGCAGUAUGAAGUGCAACUGUGAAAACAACGCAUUGUGUGAUCCAGUCAAUGGCAGCUGUAUUUGUGCUGAAGGACAGUCGGGCGAGUUUUGCCAGAACGUUCCUGAGAAGAAUCAAGUCGUAGUUAUAGUGUUGGCGUCCGUUAUUCCGAGCAUUGUUCUAAUCGGCUGCAUCAUCACUGGAGUCCUGGUCAAACGGAGUCGCCGACGAAAACCGGAACAGCCAACAGUGGACACAGAAAUGGCGACCGUCAUGGAAACCCUUUCGUCGUGGGAAGUAGAUAAAGAGGACCUUCACUUGGAGCACAUGAUCGGGGAGGGAGAGUUCGGCCAUGUCGUACGGGCAAGACUGCACGUGCCGGAGUUAGGCUACGAGGUCCUGGUCGCCGCUAAAAGUAUCCGGCCUGAUCGCACGACGGCCUCGGCUGUCCGCGACUUUCUCCGAGAAAUGGACAUUCUCGCCAGAAUCCACGAGAACAAAGAGGGACAUCCAAACGUUGUGAAGCUUUAUGGAGUUCUGACCAAGUCGGAGCCUCAGUACAUCCUGGUAGAGUACGCGAGCAAUGAAGAGCUACGCCGGUACCUGUGGGGUUUGCGUGAACAGUGCAAGAUCACGGGGGACAGAAAAAUGUUAGAACUUCUCGGUUUUGCCUGCGACGUUGCCAGUGGGUUAUCGGAGCUGGCACGUCUGAAGAUCGUGCACCGGGACAUCGCGGCCCGUAACGUCGUCAUCAGCGACAGAAAAGUGGCCAAGAUCGCGGAUUUCGGACUAUCGCGUGACGUCUACGUGUCAUCGGCGUACGAACGUACAACCCAGGGCGGGGCGGAGGAACUGUUACCGCUGAAGUGGAUGGCCGUGGAGUCGUUACGGGACGGGGUGUACACGUGUGAGAGUGACGUGUGGUCGUACGGUGUGCUGCUGUGGGAGAUCGCCAGUUUUGGGGAGGAGCCGCGCUACGCUGGCGGUCCGAUGCACCCGGACGUCUGCACGAUGCUGGAGCUGCUGAGGAAAGGCGUCCGUCUUCAACAGCCGCAGAACUGCCCGCUGCCGGUGUACCGCAUCAUCAGGUCCUGCUGGGUGUUCAACCCAUCGAGGCGGCCAACGGCUGACGAGCUGUUCCGGAAGAUUGACCUGCUGAGGCCGCAGAGGCAUGCUGUGCAGCCGGUCAACACUCGAUAAGGAAUUUUCAGAC